ACUGUAAUGUUUGAGUUUAUAAUCUAAGCAAAUUCUUUCUUAACUGUCAAAGAAGGUGAAGCCAUUAUUUCAGGACAGUCCCAAAGUGCUACUGCACGGAACUGGCCCCCUGACUACAGGAGCACCCUGCAAAAUGUCGACUGGUGAGAAUAUCUUGCUGCUGUCCCUGAUUUUUGCAGCCUGGUUCACAACCCUUACAGUUAACGGACAAAAUGCUGCACACCCAGAAGUGGUUACCAAAUAUGGGAAACUCCGAGGGCAGCAAAUCAAAGCUGAUGGAGCUGAGACAUAUGUAGAUAUUUUCCUGGGAAUUCCUUUUGCAAAGCCGCCUGUUGGACCUUUGAGAUUUUCCCCACCGGAGCCAGCUGAGCCAUGGAAGGGUCUCAGAGAUGCAACUUCCUACCCACCCAUGUGCCUACAGGACCCAGUGACUGGGCAGCAGCUAUCGGAUGCAUUUACUAAUAGAAAAGAAAAACUUCCUUUCCAAGUUUCCGAAGACUGUUUGUUCCUAAACGUGUACACACCUGCCAGCUCAGACAAGGACAUGUUACCUGUCAUGGUAUGGAUCCAUGGAGGUGGAUUAGUGAUUGGUGCAGCUUCAACAUAUGAUGGGUCAGCACUAUCAGCCUUUGAAAAUGUGGUGGUUGUAACAAUUCAAUACAGACUAGGGAUCCUUGGAUAUUUUAGCUCUGGCGAUGAACAUGCUCGUGGAAACUGGGGUUAUUUGGAUCAAGUGGCAGCUCUCCAGUGGAUUCAAGAAAAUAUUGAACAUUUUGGAGGAGAUCCAGGAUCUGUCACUAUAUUUGGAGAGUCUGCGGGAGGAAUCAGUGUUUCUGCCCUUGUCUUAUCUCCUCUGGCAAAUGGCUUGUUCCAUAAGGCCAUCUCAGAGAGUGGAGUUACAAUCAACAUGUUGUUUACUGCUCACCCUGAAGCACAAGCUAAUAAAAUUGCUAGGGUAUCUGGCUGCCAAUCAACCAGCUCUGCUGCAAUGGUUCAUUGUCUGAGGGAAAAGACAGAGGAAGAAAUAAUAGAAAUAACGCUAAAGAUGGAAUUCACAACACUACAGUUGAAUGCUGCAUCAUCUGGAGACUCUGAAAAGUCCCUAUUUAUCUCUGCAGUUUUGGAUGGUGUAUUUUUUCCUAAGAGCCCUGAGGAGCUACUGGCUGAAAAAGCAAUCAAUGCAGUCCCAUAUAUAAUAGGGACAAAUAACCAUGAAUUUGGAUGGCUACUUCCUAAUAUGUUGAAAUAUCCUGCUUUCACUGAAGGGUUGGACAAAGAAACAGUAACCUCACUGCUACUGAGCUCAGAGUUUUUUACACAUGUUCCUGCUGAGUUCACUUAUCUAUUAUCUAAUGAAUAUCUAAGCAAUAUAGAGGAGCCUACCCAGCUACGAGAUAGGCUUUUUGAACUGAUGGGAGAUGCAGUGUUUGUUGUUCCAGGCAUUCAAACAGCUAGAUAUUGCAGAGAUUCUGGCAACCUAGUCUACGUUUAUCAUUUUCAUCAUCGACCAAGUUCAUAUGAAGGUGUUAGACCAGACUUUGUAAAAGCGGAUCACGGCGACGAAACUGGCUAUGUUUUUGGAAAGCCCUUCUUAGCUGGUGAUGCUACAGAAGAAGAGGGUAAACUCAGCAGAACAAUUAUGAAAUACUGGGCUAAUUUUGCUCGAAAAGGAAAUCCUAAUGAUGAAGGUUUGGUGACAUGGCCAGCGUAUAAUGUGGAUGAACAAUACCUUAUAAUAGACUUAAAGCAGAAAGCAGCAAAGAAAUUGAAAGAGAACAGAGUGGAGUUCUGGACAAAGACCCUGCCUAAAAAGAUGGCUGAAGGAAAGAGAGAACACAAAGAGUUAUAAAGUUUGAGAAGCAUAUGGGUUGCUUUUAGUACAGUGAGAUAAAACAAGAUGACUUCAUCUGAAUGGGAGGCAUUUAAUACUCAUUUUGUAAUUCAUUAUAAUGUAGUUUAAUUUUAUGUAUGAGGCGUUAAAGAAGAACCUGAGCAAAACUGAGUCCCAGGAGGAACUGAGCUGCUGUGUUGCAAACCAGGCAGAAAACAGGCUGACCACUCAGUUUUAAAUAGAGUCAAUGAUGUUUGCUCACAAAAUAACACCGACUAGAGUUGUAGUACAACACUGUGGUAGAGUUUGGCACUGUCAAAAAAUUCUACAACAAAUAAGUUCAAAUACAGUAUCAUGAUAAUAUAUGGUACAUGUAACACGUUGCAGAUGCUGAGUAGCAGUGUUGUCCUUUAUUCCCCCUUUAUUUUCUCUCUCAGGAGACAUUAGUCCAGGGGUCGG